CCACCGUGCACCAUAGCAGAUUGAUAUCGAAAAUUGGGAAACUCCCUUCGAGGUUGUCAAUUUCGCAGCCAUGAGAUGUUGGAAGGUGGUUGACUACAAUUGAGUUGCGGGUGCCAUAUAAAUAUCAAUUGUGCUACAACUGGGUUAGUGUAGUUCGGUGUCGCAUUUGCAGAUAGACAGCUGGUCACCAUGGUGUCGGCCAAAGUGAUUUUUCUGUUCGUUGUGGUGAUUUGUGUCGUGCUGGUGGCUGAAGCCCGACCAAAUGGCAAAGAGGAGGAAUGGAAGCAUGGCGGUGGCAAGGAGCACCAUUCUGAGGAACAUUCGUCCCAUGGGGAAAAGGGCGAUAAAGGUCACAAGCACGAGGAGGAACACGAGGAGGGCAAGAAAGGACACCACGACAAGGAAGGUCACAAGAAGGAGUACCACGAUGAGGGUGGCCAUAAGAAAAAGCAUCACGAUGAGGGGGGCUACCACAAGGAAAACAAGAAAGGAGAAAAAGGUGAAAAGGGCCACAAGUUCGAAGAAAGUGGAAGUUUCAAGAAGGGACAUUCAACGAAAGGGCAUCACGAGAUUCACAAACUAGACGAGUUCAAAAAAGAAAAAAAGUUCUUUGAUGAAGAUCACGACGAGGCAUUUGAUGAGAAGUAUGGAGAUUUUAAGGAGGAACAUGGCUACAAGAAGGGUGGUCACGAAAAGAAAGGCCACAAGAAAGCAGGACACCAUGAAGAUCAUUACGGGAAAAAGGGUAAGAAGAAGAAGGGAUCUCACCAUCACGAUCACGUGGGACACAAGGACGAACAUGGUCACGACGAACACUGGAAUCAUAAAGAACACUUUGGCAAAAAAGGAGGAAAAGACCACCAUAAAAAGUGGGGACAUAAGAAGGGCCAUCACUAAUCAAUCUUAAAAUACAAUAAUUUGAACUAAUAAAUACAAAUCAAUUCGA